AUGCAGGUCGUUCGACGGCGCAUCGGCUCAUCAACGCAGGUCUCAGCCCUCAGUCUCUUUAUCCGUUCGAUUCAUCCAUACCAAUUCAACCAGCGCCGAUUGCGGACGGGCGCGUCCAUUCAUUAUUCUCACAUGCCUCGCAUCACGGUUUCACGCGUGAUCGGGCUGAUCCCUCUGACCUGGUUCUGCCUGGUGGGGACGUGGUUCUUUCUUCCGUCGCCGGUGGUCAGUCCCAUCAAUCGCCCGGGCACCAUCGCCAGCACGUUGCAGUCGGGUGGCACGAUCACGGCCGUCGUGGAAAAUAAGCAGUCGUUCAAGAGGAAACGGGAUGACGGCAUCCCCAUUCAAUGGGCAUGCAGCGGAUGCAGUGGCCUGGUGCUCGACUGGCGGCUCGAGUCACAUGCGCCCACAGACAGUCUACUGUUGCAUCUAGGUGAAGCGCGGAUCAACCUGACGGAGGCAGCACUGCAAGGACCUCAACCAGACGCGGAUGAGAAGGCAACCAGCAUAUACGUUAGCCCGCCAAUCAAAGCGCGCAUACGUACUGGCAGCACUCGACAUUCCCUCAUUAUGCCCUGGUUCACCUGGGCAGACAGUAUUCUCACUUACUGGACGAUGCAUUACCCGCGUGAGGACAUCUUGGUCAGAACCUUUAGUCCGGAGCCCGGCGUCGUAGAGAUCUGGAAGGAUAUUGAGAUGUGGGAUGCUUACGCAGCCGGGAAUACUAUCCGAGAGACGGACCGUGAGGUUGGGCUACUAGGCACCUUCUCACACGUGCCGACCACCCGCCUGCCAGGGGCGCCACUGAGAGCAAAUGCUGCCGGCGUCAAAGUUGCAGGCAUCCAGGGCGAGCUGCCGUCCAGGACCUGGCCCAUUCGAGGAUUCAUCUGUGGUCCGCUGUACGUGCCAACAUUCAUGAUCGCAGUCGUGCUGGAUGUGUGCACGUUUGGGAUUCUUACCAUGAAAGGUGACCUCAUCCUCGGCAUGCUGGUUGUCCUCCUGGCCCUGAUACGCACUGAACGCAUGGUCCUGUCUCCCAGCAGGUGGCUCUGUCGACCAGGGACAAAACGACCGAAGCAGCGUGGGAUCUGGGGCCCCAGCGGUCCGGUUGCCGAUGAGGAGAGUGGCCUCCUCAAAGAGCGGCCUCUGACGGCCAUGUCCAUGUUUCCCCAUCCCAUCUCCAAACCUUCAAGAUCGCGAGCCCCGAUCCUCAGCAAGUCUUGA